AUGGUCCUGGUCAUUAAACUUCUGUUCCUCACCUGCCUGUGGCCGACAGCAGUGCUACACACUUCUCAAAGUCACCAUCACCAACAAUUCUCAUUCUUGAGAAAGCAUAACAGCAAACGAGAAAUUAAAAUGAGGAAACUUGACAGCACCAAAGCACGGCCACUUAAAUCCGAGCAGCUUCUUCGCAUAGAGGACCAUGACUUUGCCCUGAGACCUGGAUUUGGAGGGUCACCAAUACCUGUGGGCAUUGAUGUGCAGGUAGAAAGCAUUGACAGCAUAUCUGAAGUUGACAUGGACUUCACAAUGACUUUAUAUCUCAGACAUUACUGGAAGGAUGAAAGACUUUCCUUUCGUAGUAACAAAAACAAAAGUAUGACUUUUGAUGGAAGACUGAUAAAAAAGAUCUGGGUACCUGAUGUGUUUUUUGUACACUCCAAAAGAUCUUUCAUCCAUGAUACAACUGUGGAAAACGUCAUGCUCCGAGUAUACCCUGAUGGCAAUGUACUCUUCAGUCUACGAAUAACAGUUUCUGCUAUGUGUUUCAUGGAUUUCAGUAGGUUUCCUCUGGACACUCAGAACUGUUCUUUAGAACUGGAAAGCUAUGCAUACAAUGAAGAUGAUCUGAUGUUAUACUGGAAACAUGGAAACAAAUCCCUGAGCACAGAUGAGCACAUCUCCCUCUCCCAGUUUUUCAUCGAAGAAUUCAGUGCUUCCAGUGGACUAGCUUUUUACAGCAGUACUGGUUGGUACAAUCGACUUUUUAUAAACUUUGCACUCCGGAGACAUAUAUUCUUUUUUGUGCUACAAUCCUAUUUCCCAGCCAUGCUGAUGGUGAUGCUGUCUUGGGUUUCAUUUUGGAUUGACAGAAGAGCUGUUCCUGCCAGGGUAUCACUAGGUAUAACUACAGUGCUGACAAUGUCAACCAUCAUGACAGGAGUAAGUGCCUCAAUGCCUCAAGUGUCUUACAUAAAGGCUGUGGAUGUGUAUUUAUGGAUCAGCUUCCUUUUUGUCUUCCUGUCUGUCAUCGAAUAUGCAGCAGUGAACUAUCUCACCACAAUUGAAGAGAGAAAGCAACUCAAAAAAAGGGGCAAGGCUUCAGGAAUGUAUACUAUUGAUGCAGUGCAAGCAAUGGCUUUCGAUGGCUGCUUUCACGACACGGAUGUGGACAUGGACUUGACUGCUUUCUCAGACCGCUGUGAAGAGAAUGAGGCUCGGGCAUGUGCAGCCAGCAGCUCCAAUGUGGACACAGCUCGCAUAAAGAGGAAGAGAUCUCUGAAGGGAAACGUGGGCAGGAUUAUUCUACAGAACAAUCAUGUUAUUGACACAUAUUCCCGGAUUAUAUUUCCCAGUGUGUACAUUGUGUUCAACUUUUUUUACUGGGGUUUGUACAUAUGA